UUAUUGGAUCCAUUUUGAUUUAUGCAUGUGAGUGUCCACAUCUUGAGAGGGAUUUAGUCAAUAAACGAAGAAAGAAGAGAGAGAAGGGGAAAUGGCAAGAGGGAGAGUGGAAGUGAAAAGAAUAGAGAACAAGGUCAAUAGACAAGUAACCUUCUCCAAAAGAAAAGGUGGUUUGCUCAAGAAAGCCUACGAACUCUCUGUUCUAUGUGAUGUCGAGGUUGCUCUUAUCAUCUUCUCCAGCAGUAGCAAGCUCUAUGAGUUCAGCAGUGAUGCAAUGGAGAAGACAAUUGAAAGGUACAGUCGCUGUAACAACAACAUUUUGGACAAUAAUAGACCUGAAGAGUCUACACAGAGGUGGUCUCAAGAGGUGACAAAGCUCAGAUCCAAAUAUGAAUCUCUUCUUCGCACUCAUAGGUAUUUGCUUGGGGAAGAUCUUGGAGAGAUGAGUGUCAAAGAAUUGGAGACGCUCGAGAGACAGCUUGAAGGAGCUCUCUCGGCGACCAGGCAACGCAAGACGCAGGUUACUAUGGAACAAAUGGAAGACCUUCGUAGAAAGGAGAGGCAGCUCGGAGAUAUAAACAAGAAGAUGAAGCUUGAGGUAGAAGGUCAUGAAUUCAAAGGCUUUCAAGACCUUUUGCUAAAUUCGGAUGCUAGGGCUGGUUCCACUGAUUUUUCCUUGUUUUCGUCUCACCACAACUCUGUGGAUUGCGACGUCGGACAGUUCUUGAAAAACGGGUUUCAACAACAAUAUGAGCAAGGUGAUGGAUUGGUGUUGGAGAGUAAUGUGGGAUGUGACUGUGAAACCAACUUGACCCAAGGAUGAGUUCAUCAAAAGGUCACACAAAAAUGAGAAGCUCAUACUCUUCUCUUUUUCGAAGUUAUAUGCCAAAGUUUUCUUUU